AUGAAAUCCAUCGCUCUUACCUCUCUUUCUCUCCUCCCGUCCGCGCUGGCGCAGACAAUUUACUUGGCUGGUGACUCCACCAUGGCGUCCAGUACUCCUGGAUGGGGUGACUACAUUGCCGACAGCGUCUCGGUUGAAAUCUCUAACCAGGCCAUUGGUGGUCGUAGCGCGCGCUCCUACACCCGCGAGGGCCGCUUCCAGGCCAUCGCCGACGUCCUUCAAGCAGGCGACUAUGUUGUUAUCGAGUUUGGACACAACGACGGCGGCUCUCUCUCCAACGAUAACGGCCGUACUGACUGCCCUGGCGAUGGCGAUGAGACCUGUGAGACCGUGUACAACGGGGUGGCCGAAACUGUCCUCACCUUCCCAGCGUACAUCGAAAAUGCGGCGCUGCUGUUUCUGGAGAAGGGUGCCAACGUCCUGAUCUCCAGCCAGACGCCCAACAACCCAUGGGAGAGCGGAACAUUCUCCUACACGCCGAACCGAUUUGUCGGGUAUGCCGAGUUGGCGGCUCAAAGGGCAGGAGUAGACUAUGUGGAUCAUGGAGCUUAUACAGCGAGCAUCUUUGAGGCGCUCGGCGCAGACACGGUCAACUCGUUCUACCCGAAUGACCAUACGCAUACUAACGCCGAGGGCUCCAGUGUUGUUGCUGAUGCUUUCCUCAAGGCCGUUGUGUGCAGCGGGGUUGCGUUGAACGAUGUCUUGACAAGAACUGAUUUCGACGGUGAAUGCUUGUAA